GCUGCUUCCGGGGCGGCUCCGCGGCGCUGACGUGGAGGUUCCGGGCCGAGGCCGGGCCGAGCGCGGGGCGAUGUUGACCAAAUUCGAGACCAAAUCCGCGCGGGUGAAAGGGCUCAGCUUCCACCCGAAGCGGCCCUGGAUCCUCACGAGCCUCCACAACGGCGUCAUCCAGCUCUGGGAUUACCGCAUGUGCACCCUCAUCGACAAGUUCGACGAGCACGACGGCCCGGUCCGAGGGAUCGAUUUCCACAAGCAGCAGCCGCUCUUCGUCUCCGGGGGCGACGAUUACAAAAUCAAGGUGUGGAAUUACAAACUGCGCCGCUGCCUCUUCACGCUGCUGGGCCACCUGGAUUACAUCCGGACAACCUUCUUCCACCACGAAUAUCCCUGGAUCCUGAGCGCUUCCGACGACCAAACCAUCCGCGUGUGGAACUGGCAGUCCCGGACCUGCGUCUGUGUCCUGACGGGCCACAACCACUACGUGAUGUGCGCCCAGUUCCACCCGGCCGAGGACCUGGUGGUGUCGGCGAGCCUGGACCAGACCGUCAGGGUGUGGGAUAUAUCCGGGCUCCGAAGAAGAACCUCUCUCCCGGCGCGGUGGAAUCCGACGUUCGCGGCAUCACCGGCGUCGACCUCUUCGGCACCACCGACGCCGUGGUCAAGCACGUCCUGGAGGGCCCAUGACGGGGGUGAACUGGGCCGCCUUCCACCCGUCCAUGCCGCUCAUCGUCUCGGGCGCCGACGACCGCCAGGUGAAGAUCUGGAGGAUGAACGAAUCCAAGGCCUGGCAGGUGCACACGUGCCGGGUUUUUCCCAUUUUCCCAGGAUUUUUCCAGGAUUUUCCCCGUUUUUUCCCAGAAUCCAAGGCCUGGCAGGUGCACACGUGCCGGGUUCAUUCCCCAUUCCCAGGAUUUUUUCCCCAUUUUUCCCUGGGAUUUUUUCCCCAUUCCCAAGCUUUUUACCCCCAUUCCCAGGACUUUUUUCCCCUUUCCCGGGAUAUUUUUCCCAUUUUCCCAGGAUUUUCCCCUUUUUUUCCCAGAAUCCAAGGCCUGGCAGGUGCACACGUGCCGGGUUCAUUCCCCAUUCCCAGGAUUUUUUCCCCAUUUUUCCCUGGAUUUUUACCCCCAUUCCCAGGAUUUUUUUCCCCUUUCCCGGGAUAUUUUUCCCAUUUUCCCAGGAUUUUCCCCGUUUUUCCCCAGAAUCCAAGGCCUGGCAGGUGCACACGUGCCGGGUUUUUUCCCAUUUUCCCAGGAUUUUCCCCAUUUUUCCCCAGAAUCCAAGGCCUGGCAGGUGCACACGUGCCGGGUUUUUUCCCAUUUUCCCAGGAUUUUCCCCAUUUUUCCCCAGAAUCCAAGGCCUGGCAGGUGCACACGUGCCGGGUUUUUUCCCAUUUUCCCAGGAUUUUCCCCGUUUUUCCCCAGAAUCCAAGGCCUGGCAGGUGCACACGUGCCGGGUUUUUUCCCAUUUUCCCAGGAUUUUCCCCGUUUUUCCCCAGAAUCCAAGGCCUGGCAGGUGCACACGUGCCAGGUUUUUUCCCAUUUUCCCAGGAUUUUCCCCGUUUUUCCCCAGAAUCCAAGGCCUGGCAGGUGCACACGUGCCGGGUUUUUCCCAUUUUCCCAGGAUUUUCCCCGUUUUUCCCCAGAAUCCAAGGCCUGGCAGGUGCACACGUGCCGGGUUUUUUCCCAUUUUCCAGGAUUUUCCCCGUUUUUCCCCAGAAUCCAAGGCCUGGCAGGUGCACACGUGCCGGGUUUUUUCCCAUUUUCCCAGGAUUUUCCCCGUUUUUCCCCAGAAUCCAAGGCCUGGCAGGUGCACACGUGCCGGGUUUUUUCCCAUUUUCCCAGGAUUUUUUCCAUUUUCCCAGGAUUUUCCCCGUUUUUCCCCAGAAUCCAAGGCCUGGGAGGUGGACACGUGCCGCGGGCACUACAACAACGUUUCCUGCGCCGUUUUCCACCCGCGCCAGGAGCUGAUCCUCAGCAACUCCGAGGACAAGAGCAUCCGCGUCUGGGACAUGUCCAAGCGGACCGGCGUCCAAACGUUCCGGCGCGACCACGACCGGUUCUGGGUGCUGGCGGCGCAUCCCAACCUCAACCUCUUCGCUGCGGGCCACGACGGCGGGAUGUUGGUGUUCAAGCUGGAGCGGGAGCGGCCGGCGCACGCCGUGCACGGCAAUUCCCUGUUCUACGUCAAGGAGCGCUUCCUGCGGCAGCUCGACUUCGGCAGCUCCAAGGACGUGGCCGUGAUGCAGCUCCGGAGCGGCUCCAAGUUCCCGGUGUUCAGCAUGUCCUACAACCCGGCCGAGAAUUCCGUGCUGCUCUGCACCCGAGCCAGCAACCUGGAGAACAGCACCUACGACCUCUACACCAUUCCCAAGGACGCCGAUUCCCAAAAUCCCGACGCUCCGGAGGGGAAGCGCAGCUCGGGGCUCACGGCCGUGUGGGUGGCGCGGAAUCGCUUCGCUGUGCUGGACAGGAUGCACUCGAUCCUGAUCAAGAACCUGAAGAACGAGAUCACCAAGAAGGUUCAGGUGCCCAACUGCGACGAGAUUUUCUACGCCGGCACCGGGAAUCUGCUCCUGAGGGACUCGGAUUCCAUCACCCUCUUCGACGUCCAGCAGAAAAGGACCUUGGCGUCGGUGAAGAUCUCCAAGGUGAAGUACGUGAUCUGGUCGGCCGACAUGUCCCACGUGGCGCUGCUGGCCAAGCACGCCAUCAUGAUCUGCAACCGGAAGCUGGAAUCGCUGUGCAACAUCCACGAGAACAUCCGGGUGAAGAGCGGCGCCUGGGACGAGAGCGGCGUCUUCAUCUACACCACCAGCAACCACAUCAAAUACGCCGUCACCAGCGGGGAUCACGGGAUCAUCCGCACCCUGGACCUGCCCAUCUACGUGACGCGCGUCAAGGGCAACAACGUCUACUGCCUGGACCGCGAGUGCCGGCCCCGCGUGCUCACCAUCGACCCCACCGAGUUCCGCUUCAAACUGGCGCUCAUCAACAGGAAGUACGAUGAGGUGCUGCACAUGGUGCGCAACGCCAAGCUGGUGGGGCAGUCGAUCAUCGCGUACCUGCAGCGCAAGGGCUACCCCGAGGUGGCGCUGCACUUCGUCAAGGACGAGAAGACGCGCUUCAGCCUGGCCCUGGAGUGCGGCAACAUCGAGAUCGCCCUGGAGGCCGCCAAGGCGCUGGACGACAAGGGCUGCUGGGAGAAGCUGGGCGAGGUGGCGCUGCUGCAGGGCAACCACCAGGUGGUGGAGAUGUGCUACCAGCGCACCAAGAACUUCGACCGCCUCUCCUUCCUCUACCUCAUCACCGGCAACCUGGAGAAGCUGCGCAAGAUGAUGAAGAUCGCCGAGAUCCGGAAGGACAUGAGCGGCCACUACCAGAACGCGCUGUACCUGGGGGACGUGGCCGAGAGGGUCCGGAUCCUCAAGAGCUGCGGGCAGAAGUCGCUGGCGUUCCUGACGGCCGCCACGCACGGGCUGGACGAGGAGGCUGAGAGCCUGCGGGAAUCCUUUGAUCCCGAGAAGGAGACGAUCCCGGCCGUGGAUCCCGAGGCGCGGCUGCUGCAGCCCCCGGCCCCGGUGCUGCCCCUGGACACCAACUGGCCCCUCCUGACCGUGUCCAAAGGCUUCUUCGAGGGAACCAUCGCCGGGAAAGGGAAAGGAGGAGCCCUGGCCGCCGACAUCGACAUGGACGCCGUGGGCACCGAGGGCUGGGGCGAGGACGCGGAGCUGCAGCUGGACGAAGACGGAUUCGUGGAUGCCGGAGAAGGAUUCGGAGAGGAAGGAAUGGGAAAAGGGCCGGAGGAAGGAGGAGGAUGGGAAGUGGAGGAAGAUUUGGAUCUUCCCCCUGAGCUGGAUGUCCCCGCCGGCCCCGCGGGAGCAGCUGAGGACGGAUUCUUCGUGCCCCCCACCAAGGGCACCAGCCCAGCCCAGGUGUGGUGCAACAAUUCCCAGCUCCCUGUGGAUCACAUCCUGGCGGGAUCCUUCGAGACAGCCAUGAGACUGCUCCAUGACCAGGUGGGAGUGACCAACUUUGGCCCCUACAAGCAGCUCUUCCUGCAGACCUUUUCCCGAGGCCGGACGACAUUCCAGGCCCUUCCCAGCCUCCCCGCCAUGUACGGAUUCCCACACCGCAACUGGAAAGAGGCCGGGCCCAAGACGGCUCUGCCGGCCGUGGGGCUGAAGCUGAACGACCUCAUCCAGCGGCUGCAGCUCUGCUACCAACUGACCACGGCCGGGAAAUUCGAGGAAGCCGUGGAGAAAUUCCGGCUGAUCCUGCUCAGCGUCCCCUUGCUGGUGGUGGACAACAAGCAGGAGAUCGCCGAGGCGCAGCAGCUGAUCGCGAUUUGCCGGGAAUACAUCGUGGGAUUGUCCAUGGAGAUCGAGAGGAAGAAGCUGCCCAAGGAGACGCUGGAGCAGCAGAAGAGGAUCUGUGAGAUGGCCGCCUACUUCACGCACUCCAACCUGCAGCCCGUGCACAUGAUCCUGGUGCUCCGCACUGCCCUCAACCUCUUCUUCAAACUCAAGAACUUCAAGAGCGCCGCCACCUUCGCCCGGCGCCUGCUCGAGCUCGGCCCCAAGCCCGAGGUGGCCCAGCAGACACGGAAGAUCCUGUCAGCCUGCGAGAAGAACCCCAGCGACAGCCACCAGCUCAACUAUGACCAGCACAACCCCUUCGACAUCUGCGCCGCCUCCUACCGCCCCAUUUACCGCGGGAAACCCCUGGAAAAGUGUCCCCUCAGCGGGGCCUGCUACAGCCCCGAGUUCCGCGGGCAGAUCUGCCGCGUCACCACGGUGACGGAGAUCGGGAAGGACGUCCUGGGGCUGCGCAUCAGCCCCCUCCAGUUCCGCUAGGAAUUCUCCUGGAUAAGGAAAUUCCCGCUCCCCCAUCCCAGCUUUCACCCCAAUCCCUCCCCAUGACCAUUGCCGUGCUCCCUUCCUGGUUUUUCCCCACCCUGGAAUUCCGGAUUGAGGGGGUUUUUUUCCUCAUUUAGCAGGAAUUUCUCCCGUGUUCCCAGACCGGUUUUCCCGCUCCUUUAUCCCAGAUCUUUUCCAGAGGGGGAAAGGGCUGCUCUUCCCAAAUCCUUGGAAACUCCUCCAGAGGCUGCAGCUGCCUCUUCCCCCCUUUCAAUCCCGAAUAAUUGCUUGGAAAACCCAGGAUUGGCUCUGCCAGUCCCAAAUCCGAGGAAAUCCCGCUCCCUCUGGAAGUGGCUCCGUGUUUGUUGACUCCUUGUUUUGUCGUCCUGGCAACUUAAUGAGCUCCCCUCCUUAAUAAAGUUCGUUCAUCACCUGGAA